AUGCGGGCUAAAAAGAUACCCGCUGCCUUGCUACUGUUGCUAUUCGCAAUAGACUCCUUACACGCCAACAGGAGGAAGCAAAAGGAGAAAGUCAUACAGACAACCACAAACAUUUGCGACAUAAGCGAUCGAGACUCCAAAGUGCACUGCUACUGUGAGAACAGUCCUGAAAUAAACGAGGCAAUUAAAACAGAAUGCUGGGUAUUCAACGGCGGUAUAGACAAGACAGAUCCUUUAUGGCCCAGUUUCACUUCGCAGACAAAUAUAGAAACGUUGGCUUUCAACGUUAGAGCGGACGGGGGAUUAAGCUUCGUGCCAACGAAGGUUUUAAGAUACUUACGCAAAUUGAAGCACUUUAGCAUAAAGUACAGCUCGAUACUUAAAAUUGAGAGCAACACUUUUGUUAACUUAACCUCAAUACAAGAAAUGACCUUGACGAAAAACCAAAUUGUCGUCUUAAGUAAAAAUGCUUUUUAUAACCUACCUAACCUAACAAUACUCACGCUAGAUGAAAAUCGAUUGAAAAAACUCGAGACAGAUACGUUUUAUGAGCUACCAGCCUUACAAAAACUAUUUUUAACUAGUAAUAACAUAAGUGUCAUAGAAGACGGUGCUUUUCGGCAUCUAGUAAAUUUAUUAGAACUAGAACUGGAUAGGAAUAAUGUAAGUGACCUGAAAAAGGAGUGUUUCGAUGGGCUCGCAAAUUUGAGACGUCUAGACUUAAGGAGAAAUAAAAUUGGCGUGCUAAAUUCAUUUACAUUUAUUGAAUUGUGGAACCUCCAGGAGCUGUUAUUAGAUUAUAACGAGAUUUAUAUAUUAGCUCAGAGGACUUUUGAUGGAUUGUCCCAGUUGAAGAAAUUGAGCAUCAGUCACAACAAGUUGGUGACUUUAACCGAUGGAUUAUUUGAAGGAGUUCGGGGAUUAUCAGCGUUAGAUUUGAGGCAUAACAAGCUAAAAAGGUUUACAAUGGAAAACCUACGACCGAUUUACGACAAUUUGAAGAUGCAGAAAAGCUUCAUUUAUUUGGAAGGAAACGAAUUCGACUGCGAUUGCCAUCUGGCAUGGAUGCAUAAGCUCCGGCAUGAAGCUAAGAGUAUCAAAGUGAGGACGUCUUUAGAAAAUUUCAUUUGCAAAUUUAGCUCUGAUCCGGCAUUAAAUUCUCAUCUCACUUAUUACGAAAGAAUGAGUACAAGUAAUAAUUUAGAUGAGAUAGAGAAGAUACGGAAUAACAUAGAUGGUCCUGAUGAGUUAAGUGAUGAUGGUGAUGAUACUUAUCUUGAAGAACCGAAGAAAAUAAAGGCUGACAAUGAAAGGACUUUGUUACAAAUACCAGUGGAAUUGCUACCUUGCCCAGCUGAAGUGAAAAGCGUUACGGAUCGCACAUACACCUAUCCAUCACAAAAUGAAGCAAAAGAUUAUAGAAAUCUUAUACAGGCAUCAUCUACGUUGUCUAUAGAUAAGAAUCAUUUAGUUUUUAUACUUCUGUUGUAUUUAUUGGUUACUUGAUUUUGAGUUUCUUCUGAGAAUCAUUUCAAACUAUAAGAAUAUGUUCUAAAAUAAUUUUCAAUGAAAUUUUAAGAUAUUCCUUAUUUAAACUGUACGUUAUUCUAGUCGCAGAACAAUGUUUUUUUUUGUAUUUUACGAAUACAAUAUUGGUUUUAGAUAUUAAAGCAGGGUUUACAUUAAACUGUGGUGUUGGGUGGUGAUUCUUCAGUAAGCUAGCAGGAGCCGAUUUUUGUUGAAAUUGAAAUUUUGUAGACUCGUCCAUUAGGAGGACGUCAUGGUAUUCAGGUAUUUUUUUUAUACAUUACAUUUUUUUGUACAUUGAGUUUGCAACUA